UACUAAUGAAAAGAAAAACAAAGUACAUUUCUCUACCUCCGGACACAGAGUCAUAAAAAAAAAAAAAACAAAGCUUUUUAAAACCACGUCUAAGAAGAUGUUUAAAUCACUGACAAUAAAAUUCAACAAGGUGACGCCUGUAGGAAAUAGCGAUGGGAAAGAACAAGGUUCUCGAAAUAGCGAUGGGAAAGAACAAGGUUCUCGUCCGAGCAAUCAGUCUCAGCCGUCCACAAAGCAGGAAGAAAACAAAGGUGAAAAGAAAUCUCUCAAAACCAAGAUGAUUCCAGUCACAGUGGAAGAGUCACACACCAAAAUGCAAGAUAAAACCUCUGAGAAAAAUUCCUUCAGAGAUAUGACCACAAACCCUGACCCUCAAAAUCCAACAGAACCAACCAGAACAAUGCCAGGGCAGAAGGACAUAGGAACUGAGGAAGAAGGUCCAAUCAGCCCAAAAAGCAAGCCAUUUGGAGCCCCUGUGAUAAAUGAGUAUGCUGAUGCCCAGCUACACAACCUGGUGAGAAAAAUGCAUCAAAGAACACUCGUCUACAAGAGAAAGUUAGUAGAGGGAGACAUAUCCUCACCUGAAGCCAGCCCACAAGCUGCAAAGCCCAUAGCUGUAUCAUCAACACAAGAAAGCAAUACUAAGCUAACAAAAGAACAAUACUACAGCAUGUUGUGUUGCAAAUUCCAGAAGAUGCCUCUGACAGAGUACCUAAAGCGAAUUAAACUUCCAAGCAGUAUAGAUUCCUACUCAGACCGACUCUAUCUCCUGUGGCUCCUUCUUGUCGUCCUUGCCUACAACUGGAACUGCUGGCUCAUCCCGCUGCGCCUCGUCUUUCCGUAUCAAACACCAGGCAACACACCCUACUGGCUUAUGACAGACACUGUGUGUGACAUCGUCUACCUUUGUGAUAUGCUUUUUAUCCAGCCCAGACUCCAGUUUGUAAGAGGAGGAGAUGUAAUAGUGGAUUCAAAUGAGCUAAAGAGACACUACAGGAGUUCUACAAAAUUUCAGUUGGAUAUCGCAUCAGUUAUACCAUUUGAUGUUUUUUACUUCUUCUUUGGGUUUAAUCCAAUAUUUAGAACAAAUAGGAUAUUAAAGUACACUUCAUUUUUUGAGUUUAAUCAUCACCUAGAGUCUAUAAUGGACAAAGCGUACAUCUACAGGGUCAUUCGAACAACUGGAUACUUGCUGUUUAUUCUGCACAUUAAUGCCUGUAUUUAUUACUGGGCUUCAAACUAUGAAGGAAUUGGCACUACUAGAUGGGUGUAUGAUGGUGAAGGAAACAAGUAUCUGAGAUGUUAUUAUUGGGCAGUUCGAAGUUUAAUUACCAUUGGGGGGCUUCCAGAACCAGAAACUUUAUUUGAAAUUGUUUUUCAACUCUUGAAUUUUUUUUCUGGAGUUUUUGUGUUCUCCAGCUUAAUUGGUCAGAUGCGAGAUGUAAUUGGGGCAGCUACAGCCAACCAGAACUACUUCCGCACCCGCAUGGAUCAUACCACUGCCUACAUGAACAAUUACUCCAUUCCUAAAAGUGUGCAAAAGCGAGUUCGGGCUUGGUAUGAAUACACAUGGGCCUCUCAAAGAAUGCUAGAUGAGUCCAGUUUGCUUAAGACCCUGCCAACUACCGUACAGCUAGCCCUCGCCGUCGAUAUGAACUUCAGCAUCAUCAGCAAAGUCGACUUAUUCAAGGGCUGUGACACACAGAUGAUUUAUGACAUGUUGUUAAGAUUGAAAUCCACUGUCUAUUUACCUGGUGACUUUGUCUGCAAAAAGGGAGAAAUUGGCAAGGAAAUGCAUAUCAUCAAACAAGGAGAAGUCCAAGUCCUUGGAGGCCCUGAUGGUGCUCAAGUUCUGGUCACUCUGAAAGCUGGUGCUGUGUUUGGAGAAAUCAGCCUUCUAGCAACAGGAGGAGGAAACCGUCGAACUGCCAACGUGGUGGCCCAUGGAUUUGCCAAUCUCUUAACUCUGGACAAAAAGACUCUCCAAGAAAUUGUAAGGCAUUAUCCAGAUUCUGAAAAGGUCCUCAUGAAGAAAGCCAGAGUACUUUUAAAGCAGAAGACUAAGGGCGCAGAGGCAGCCCCUCCAAGGAAAGAACUUGCCUUUCUCUUCCCACCAAAAGAAGAAACCCCCAAAUUGUUUAAAACUCUCCUGAGAGAUGCAGGAAAAACAAGUCUUGCAAGACUACUCAAUUUGAAGAGGGAACAAACAGCUCAGGAAAAAAAGGAAAAUACUGAAGGAGGAGAAGGUCAAGGAAAAGAAUAUGAAGAUAAAGGAAGAGAGCCAGCAGAGGAACCACCAGACAGAUCCAAAGGUACAGCGAGUUCUAUUACAAUGGAAGAAAAGCCCCUGUUGAUGAAAAGAGUAGUUUUACCCCGAGGAACUACCCAUCAAUCACUCAUCAUCAGCAUGGCCCCGUCUGCUGAGUCUGGAGAAGAGGUUUUGACUAUUGAAGUCAAAGAAAAGGCUAAGCAAUAAAUGUUUGAUUAUCUUUAGAUGUAAUCUAGCUAGUUCCCAAAGAGAUUGUACCCAGCAUUGUAGCUUAAAUUAAUGAGGGGAACUGACCUUGCUGGGACCAUUGAAAAUCAAAGGCAAAUCCCUAGCUUAGUUUCUAGGACUUAUCUGAAAGUGUGAUUUCAUGCAGUAGUAAUAAGAAGAUUAUUAAAAACCAUCCCUAUUCUCCAUUGUCAUUAACUUUGUGCAAUUGCUAUUUCUUCUAAUUGUAUGUAGUAGGAUUCUUUUUCCCCCUUUGGUUCUUUCCUGAUGAUGUUCCUUCCCUCCAUCUCGAUUAACUUGGUCUUGGCUCUGAUGUGAUUCACUGUACUUUUCUCUUAAAUUUUUAUCAUGUGUAAUUUCUUGUGUGGCACUGUUAAGCCUAGCCAAAUGUUCUAGGUUUAUGAAUCUUUCCUCUUAUGGAUAUGGAGUAUGAGAUUUUAAUAAUGUAGGUCAAACAUCAAGUGAUGUCCAUUCAAAUGAGUAUGAUGAGUCACUAUAACAUCAAAUCAACCCAGUGGCUGGGACUGAAGGGAAUUAGAGACCCUGGGACCUUCUGAAUGAGAAAUCCAAUUUUCAGAACAGUCCCCUGAAGAGCAAUGUUAGUCAGCAGGACUAGCAAACUGA